ACUUACACAUCUCUUCACUUUUGAUAGUCACUUCUGUCCUUCCUUUUGGCUUUUGAGCCACCCUACUUUCACUUCUCAAUCUUGCCUGCAACUCGUCCCUCAUUUGAGCUGCUCAAGACUCGUCACUCUUUAAAAGAAGCACAGUCCGUGACCGUGCUGUUUACACCCAUUUUCAAGUCCGUGCUUGACCCAGCUCUUUGACCAGAGCCCACUCCCAGCGUCUUCCAGAAGUUCUGCCUCACCUGGUGUGAAAGUUUACCACAACAAACACUUGGACCAUCACCCGCACACAGCUCUUUCCCAGCCCAUUGACACCGGCACUCUCAAUUACGUUGCGCUGCCUGGUGCACUGCCGUUUACCUGCCACAAUCAGAUAUCAAAUAGCCCGCGAGAAACCAUUGAACUCGGUCUCAAUCAGACUAUUGAAAGAUCAGAUCAGUUAUCAGUCAAUAAAUCAGUUCGAAAACAAUGAAGUCGACAAUCCUCGCCCUCGCCGCCUUAUGCGCCGCACUGACCAUCGCCAAACCUGUUGACAAGCGUGCUGUCGAAACCACUAUCCAAUGGGCUACCGUUACCGUCACGGUGACUGGCUCCUCACCCGAACAGACAUCUGCCUCUGCUGCCUCUGCCGUUGAUGCUGCCGCUGUCGACCCCACUGUCACCGAAACUACCGCGUUGUCGAGCAACUCUGCCUGGUCCUCUGAUGGUGACUGGUCCGUGAGCUCAGGCAAUUGGCGUGAUGGCUGGCGUGGUGGCUGGAGUGGCAGCAGUGGUGCUUCUGCGGCUGCGUCUGCUGCUACCACCAUGACUGCGGCGGCUGGCACCGUCACCCACACUCACUCUCAGACUGUUGCGACCACCAUCACUUCUAAUAUCGAAACUACCACUUCUGCUACCACUGCAGACGAGACAGUCGACUCGAGCACCAGCACCAGCACCAGCACCGCAAAAGCCACAAGCACAGCAAAAGCCACAAGUACUGUAGAAGCCACAAGCUCCGAAACCGAAUCCACCACUUCUACCGCUUCUUCGUCGAGUUCCACGAGCACUUACGAAUCAAGUAUUCUCGAAUCCCACAACAUCCACCGUAAAAAUGCCUCGGUCUCCGACCUGGUCUGGAGUGACGACAUGGCGACAAUUGCAGCAGAGAUUGCCGCCAGCUGCGUCUACGAGCAUGACACCAGCACCGGCGGUGGUGGCUAUGGCCAGAACAUUGGCGCCGGUUCUCCCCCAUCUGGUGUUCCCGCCAUGAUCACCAACGAGAUGUACAACGACGAAAUCGGCUGGUAUCCCCUCCCCUACGGAGAAGCUAGCCCCGAUAUGACCAACUUCGAGCACUGGGGCCACUACUCCCAGAUCGUCUGGAAGUCCACCACUUCUGUGGGAUGCGCCACUCAAUAUUGCCCCGACGGCCUAGCCAAUACUGGCAGUGGUGUUAGCCCUUACUUCACUGUCUGCAAUUACAGCCCAGCUGGCAAUUAUGCUGGUGAAUACGGAGACAAUGUUUUAGAGCCACAGGGCGAGGCCACCGUGACAUAUUAGACGCUCACCAGUCAAAUGUUCUUUCACGACUUCACGGAUCAUGACUCACAUUUUCAAGCAUCCGCAGUUUCCAGCACUUGGGCUUUGACAUCUUGGGAAGCUAAUGAUUCUGAUGCAAGGGAUUAUUGGAAUGGAGUUGAAAGUGUUGGAUUUUCUUUUUUGCUUGUUUUUUGAGUGAGCCACUUUCUUCACCAUCACUUGCAGGUUUUCCUUCGAUGGUUGAACAUUACUGCAUGCUGGCAUUGGAUUCUAUCGGCACUUGGGGCGUCAUUGUCAAAAGUGCAUUUCUUGGGCAGAAGGAAAGGGAGAUGCAGAGCAAACCUCAGGUUGAAUCUGUAACAUAAACAGAUGAAGCUGAAAAGAUUAAUGACAACCACUUUCCAGCUG